UAUCAUCAUCUCCCUCCAAACUCCAAGUCUAAAACUUUGCGAGAAAUAACCCUUUUUUGCCUUCACAAACAUGGCCUUGUCACUUCAACUCCAACAAAUCUUCCUUUCACCCACCCGAUUAAUUAACUCCCAACAACCAAAACCAAUAAUAGUAACUAACCCUCUAAUCUCCCCUAAUUUAACAACAAAAAGACCCUUACAUAUUAAUGCCUCUGCCCAAAACGCCGCGGCAAUUAGCAAGACUGACAGUGAGGAAGUAUCGUUGCCUCCAGAACUUAAUAGAGAAUUAAUGCCGAAACACGUGGCAGUUAUAAUGGAUGGGAAUAGAAGGUGGGCAAGAAUGAAAGGAUUGCCAGUUGCAUUAGGUUAUGAAGCGGGUAUUCGAUCACUUAGGAAACUUGUUGAGUUGUGUUGUAAAUGGGGAAUUAAUGCUCUUACUGUCUUUGCCUUUUCCGCCGAGAAUUGGUCCCGUCCUAAAACGGAAGUUGAUUAUUUGAUGGGCUUGUUCGAAAGAGGACUGAAAAAUGAACUUGAAGAGUUUGCCAGAGCAGGGAUUCGAAUGUCUAUUAUUGGAGACUCCAGCAAGCUCCCCAAGUCAUUGCAGGACUUAAUAGAUAAAGCUUCAAAGACUACUGAGGGAAAUUCUCGACUUCACCUUGUUCUUGCAGUUAACUAUAGUGGACAGUAUGAUGUUGUACAAGCUUGUCAAACCAUUGGUCAAAAAGUGAAGAAUGGCAUUAUCGAACCACAAGACAUUAAUAGUCUCCUAGUAGAGCAGGAAUUACAAACAAACUGUAUUGAUUUCCCAUGUCCUGAUUUACUUAUAAGGACUAGUGGGGAGCUAAGACUUAGCAAUUUCUUACUCUGGCAGUUGGCCUACUCUGAACUCUUCUUUUCUCUUUCACAAUGGCCUGAUUUUGGAGAAGCCGAAUUUUUGGAGGCUUUAUGUUCCUUUCAGCAAAGGCAGAGGCGCUACGGUGGACAGAGUUCUUAGCUUUAUGCCUUCAACUUUUGGAUUAACUGUGAGGCUGAACAAAUCUUAUUAAGACAGUUGAAGGUCAGUUCUUCUGAGAAACAAGUUUGGGGUAUGUUACAAAUGUAUAUAGACUUUAUUCUUAGUAAUCUACAUAGCCAUAUUUAGGCAGAGACUAUGGGUUCACGUGAACCCAUGCUCCUCUCCCUAGAUCAUAUAUAGAAAUGUCAUAUUUAUACAAAAUUACUUCAAUAUAUAUGUAUAACCCAAUCUCAAAGUGUUCUAUGGUGCAAUAAAUAGUGGGUGCACCUCUCCAAGUGAAA